AUGGUGGCACGAGAUGCUGUGAAGAAGAAGGCUAGCGUGAUGGAGCAUCAAUACAUUAUCAGUCCGUUGCAUUCUCAGUAUGAGGAGGAGCUGGAUCGUAUCCGGACCGAGGGAGAUUUAACGCUUAUCAAGGUGCAGACGGAGAAAAAGAAGCUUUUGGAGCUUGAAGCCAAGCUAGCCGACGUGAACAAGCAACUCAGAGACAGAAAGAAGGCACCGAAACAGGGAGAACAUGUUGCAGAAUCUAAAGAAUCAGCUAGCAACAAGGUUUUUUUUGCAGCACUGGCCAUGUCGACUACAGGAUUCAAAGGAACUGCAAGGCAACAGCUGACAACUGUUCCACAUUCGGAGAAGGGCUCAGAGGUCAAUGUAGUAAAGCGAGUACAAAUGUCUACCAGUUCAGCAAAGGGCAGACAACUGCAUGCGGAAGAACGCCUUAAAGUUGCUAUGGCGGAGCGUGCAAUGGAGCUUCAGAAGCUGCGACAUGCGAUUGAUGAAACGCGGAGGAAGAGGCUCGACGCAUUGGCGACGGAGAAACGAAUGCUUAAGGACAUUCAGGAAGACGAAGACGAGCUGAAGAGAGCGCAAGUGGAGAUUGCGCUGUUGAAGCGACAAGCAGCUGGUGUGAAAAACGAAGUCGCUGCGACAGAACUGGAGUUUGACACAGAGAAGCAGACGUUCCGAUUAGAACGCCAACGACUGCUGACAGAAGUGGAGGGAAUCGUGAAGGCGGACAAACAGGGAGCUCAAAACCAACCUGCACCUAGAUAUAGCGUGUUCCACAACAACAUCGCUCUUCGACGGCAACAGCAUGUCAAAUCAUCCAAGUGGAAAAGAAUCAGCCUGGAGCAGAACAUUGUAUCAUUCGAACAGAAGAAACUGCUACUAGACCGCAUUGUAGAGGAGACGAAUGUCAAGAAUCUGAGCGAGUUUAUCCGAAAGUAUAACGAGCAAGAGCGCACCAAGGCUGAAGUUUUCGCUCGAAUCGAGGAACAAACUGCAACGAGUCGACUCAACUAA